UCAGUUCUGGAGCAGAGGAACGUAUUCGAUCCGGAUUUUCACGUUUUACGGGUCACGGAAGAGCCAUGCGCUCGCGACAGCCGCUGUGCGGAGAUUGACGCGCGUUUUCCGUCUAAACCAGCGCUCGGUGUGUUUGAGAGGCUCGCGCGGACUCCAGGGCUCGAUCCGCGGACCGGAGUAACGGAGCGCAGGUCCCAUGUUGCAACCGAACCAACACGACCCCGACCGCUCCAAAGAUCUGGUGAAAUACGGAGAACUGGUGAUUCUCGGGUAUAAUGGCUCUCUUCCCGGAGGAGACCACGGUCGCAAGAGGAGCCGCUUCGCUCUUUACAGAAGGGCCAAAGCGAACGGCGUCAAGCCCAGCACCGUGCACAUCCUCAGCAACCCACAGGACAGCAAGGCGGUGAACAGCAGGGGGCAGCACAGCAUCUCCUUCACCCUCUCCAGGAACCAGACGGUUGUGGUGGAGUACUGCCACGAUAACAACACCGACAUGUUCCAGAUCGGCCGCUCCACCGAGAGCCCCAUAGACUUCGUGGUGACAGACACUCCAGGAGGAUCCCAGGAGAGCGAGGACUCGAGCUCGGCUCCCAGCACCAUCUCCCGCUUCGCCUGCAGGAUCGUCUGCGACCGAAACCCGCCCUACACCGCCCGCAUCUACGCCGCCGGCUUCGACUCCUCCAAGAACAUCUUCCUCGGGGAGAAAGCAACUAAAUGGAAGAAUCCGGACGGUCACAUGGACGGACUGACGACUAACGGCGUUCUGGUGAUGCAUCCUGUGGGUUUCCCAGAAGAGCCCACUCUUCCGAAUGCAUCACGACUCUCUCUGGAAUGA